AUUCUAUCUUGUCUAUUCUAAAAUAAAUGACAGCCACCGAAGUUGAGUGCUAAAAUAAAAGGCGGAAUAGCUGUAAUUUAUUAUAUUUUCAUGAGCGUUUAUUAUUUUCCAUUAAUAUCCUCACUGAAGUAUGAUGUCAACUACAGAAGGAGAAUUAGACAUCGAGGUCUCCAAUGAAAGAGAGGAAGGGGAGUUGGAGGAUUCGGACUUAGAGGGGGGUACAUAUAUUCCCCUCGAACGUCCGGAGACGUUCAACCCACCUUCGUUAGUGCAUAUGCAAAUACAAGAUGAGCAAAGUGAUGAGGAAUCCCAGGAAUCCUCAGCCACAGAGUCGGAUGAUGAACGGCAACGCCGACCAAAACGAUUCAAAAUGAGGCCACGGCGGCCACAGCCGCAGACACAGUCAGAAAAGAGAAAUAAAUACAAUGUUUGGUGUACAGCUUUGCAGGAAGACCUUUUGACUGAAGAUAUGGUCAGCUGUGAUGUUACAAAGAAAAAUAGAUAUGGUGUUGAAUCUUAUGAUUAUACUAUUAAAUAUAGAUUAGAUGAUAAUUAUGUGUCUAAAAAAGUAUUUAAUAACAGCGAUGACAGUUACAAUCGCUCAUCAAAUAAGCGGAGUAACACAGACAGAUUAAACGCUAAACUGAGGCUUGGGAAACGAGUGAACAGUAAUUUAGCUAGAGAUGAGAAACACAAGCCGAGAUAUUUGCCUGACUUAAUGGUAACAGCUGAAGAGUCUAUAGAAAUGAUUGCCAAUGAUAUUGCUGAAAAAUUGUCUGAAGAGAAAAAGGAUUUAGUAGGUAGAAUUGUGCAAGUAUUAGGUGCCCAUAAAGCUAUGGAAAUAUAUAAGGAAACACAGAGGGUUGAGGCUGAUGGUGGUAUGCUUGUUAUGAAUGGUACCAGGCGGAGAACUCCAGGAGGUAUCUAUUUCUUUCUAUUGAAGCGUGAUGUAGAUGUCUCUCAGGAGAUGAUCAAUCAAAUCUUCAAUGAAGACCGCAAGGAGACCUCACGCCGGAUAAGGAAAGCAAGGGCCAAAAGCCGACAGAAGGUCAUGGAACAGUUAAAACAAAGUCUAACAGAUUCCGAGUUACCGUCACUACUGUCGCGGGGUGAAGCGACCGUUCAAUCAGAGCACGGGUCUAAUCCGCCCCCAUCGCCGGCGACGGAUGCACGCGAGUGCUCGAGCGACACUGACGGCCACUCGCACACGGACGCGAACGCGCCCUCUCCCGCCCGACCACGCUCGCCCCUCCCCGAUCGGACUCGCGCCAUCCAAGACUAUGAAGACGACGACUUCCUUGAAGUUAUGUGCAACGAUGAUAUGGAUCUAUUCUAAUCCUAGCUAAUUCGACCUCCAUGGUGCAGUGGUAGGCAUAUUGCUUCGUAUAUGAGGUCUCAGGUUUAAUACUCGGUUGAGCCAGUUGAGGAAAUUGUAAUUUAGAAUGAGUCUGGGUGUUCUUGGCUGUGCCUGAUAUUCAUUGUCUGGUUUGUCAUAACUUCUUAGCGUAAGAUCAGACAAUUGGUGUGAGUGUGUGGCACUUAUUAUUAUAAGAGUAUGUAUGGUGCUCAGUAACUUGCCCCACUCGAACUCAGCGGAGCCCCUCGCGUUUGUACGUCAACUUUGUUGGAUGUACAAAGAUAGGGCUGUGUCAGUUAAUUUUAAACCUUAUUAGGUAGCUCUAGGCUCUAAAAUGUUAUUGGAAUUUUUGAUAUAAAAAUCAUAGCCUUUAUUCAUAUUAGGUUGUUUUUUUUUUCUAAUAUUAUGCAACAUUAUAGAUACGAGUAUAAGGUAAACCAAUUGCCAUUAUCGGUAAUGACGUAUUAACGUGGUCUACAACUAAAUAUAUGUAAGGCUGUAUCUUAAAAUUAAGAUUGUAUUGAAUGAAUCGAAGAAUGUUUAUUUUAAAUUUUUAUCACCCUAGUCUUAGUGUGAUAUAAGAUUUUGACGCGGCUUAGGCAUUAUAUAAUUUUGGUUUGAGACAUUGUAUUAUGGGAUGGCGAAUGUAAAUGAUGCAUUUUGAUCAGAAGAGCUUGUUUUUUAAUUUAUUUGAUUCUAUAAAUGGACAUUUCAUUUUCGGAACAGUAAUAUGAAUAAUGACAACAUUCGAAGAAUGUUCCAUUUUUGAAUAAUAGAAUGAAACAAAUGUUUUGAUACAUUCAUAUAAUGAAUAAUUAUUUGAAAAAAUAAUUAAAAAAAAAUAGAAAAUUAAUUUUAAAUAGCAGAUUUCAAGUUUAGAGUUUGUAACUGGUGAACAUUUAUGAAUAGAUUGAUGACUUAGUAUUUAGCAUUCCAUUAUCUCUGCCUACCCCAGUAGGCGACAGUUUUCAUUUGAUCAUGAAACAAGAAUUGAAAGGACUUUCCUUGUACUUGUAAUAUCCUAGGAAUGAAAACAAAGAUGUUACGUUGUAUCCACUAUUACUUGGAGAUACCUAUUUAAAAUGAUAGCGUGAUUCAAUUUAGCCGAAUAAAUAGUUCUUUAAAUAAACUUGCAUCUGAUGAGAUUUGAAAGUGUAAAAAGAGACGGACUCAUGUUUAUUUUAUUUAAGACUAGCUUUAUGCUAGCUACUUCGUACGUAUGGAUUUCAGUACUACUUCUGUAGGAAAACAAUUUAAAUACUCGUAGACCGCUUCUAAACGACUUAUUAAGAUAAAACAUACACCAGUUUUUAUGUUAGACCUUCAAGAAUACAAUUGUCCAUUUGCAUUCAACUUACUGCAGUAGUUUUUGUGUAAUGCCAGAGCAAAGAUACAAACAAAAUUUCGUUAAAUUAUAAUUGUGACUAUUGGUCUUAAAUAUCUUUCAUGUACAAACAUCGUCUGAAACAAUUUUAUUAUAUUAGUAAAUGUAUUUGUGCAGUCUUUGACAUUUCAUCUCUAACUACCUACUUAGAGAAAUGGUAAACAGAUUUAUCCAUAAAUGUGUAUGGAUUAGUGAUUGAAUGAGAAAGAAGUCGCCGAACAUCGCUGUCUCAGUGUAUUUCAUGCGCGCAGUAGCGAUAAUGUGUUUAUCGAUAGAUUCGUUUGCCACUUAUCAAAGAAAGCUGGCCUUAUUUAACAGAGGAAGAAUCUGCACUAUCAAAAUAGAUGAAUAAGGCCUAACAGGCUUAAACUUUAUGUUUGUAUUAUUAAAAGAUCACGUAUCAAAUUUGCGUGUAUUUGAAACGUGAAAUGUUUCAAAUACACCCAAAUAUUUGAAACAAAUAUUUGCGUGUAUUAAUCAAAUUUACUUUGCAUCUAUGUUCAUUUAAAAAAAUAAUAGAAAUUUUUAGAUAAUAUUAUUUCUAAUAUUUUGAUUUAGAUUCUAACUUGACUGCUGGACGUACGUAUUGACGUUUUUCGACCAAAGAAAUCUUUGGGCAAAAUGUUCAAUUUCUCUGAUUUUUAACUAUCUUGUAUAAAAACCAGCUAAAUCGAAUUUGAAGUGUCUAAUUUUGUUAUUGUUAGAUAUUCUCUAAUUUACCCAUAUUAAUGUAUACAUAGUCAUACUGCAGUCUAAAAAAAUUAUCAAUUAUUCACGUCCAGAUAGUCUAGAAUGCGAUUGGUUUUUCCUUACACUGUGGUCAUACUCUUGAUAGUAUACCAAAGGAUACCACGUCACAUCGACACAUGACACCAUAUGUUAAGUUCCUUAUGAAUAUGUCCUGUAUUUUUUUUGUAUAUUGUAGAAUAAUGUUUCGAAUACUACAUUCACAGAAAUGGUUCUGGAAUCAUUAUGUAUUAAAACAAUUGUAAUUUCAUUGUUUUAAAUUGUAGAAUAUUAUUUUAUUGUGGUAAAUUUAACAGUAUCUUUUGGAAGCUACAAUAAAAUGUAUCUAUGCAUAUUUUUCCAGAGGAUAUACGAUGAAAAAGUUCAAUUGAAAAAAUUGAUCCGAGUUCAAGAUGUUGUUGUAAUGAAUAUUAGUAAGAACGGCCAUUUAAUCUGGCCAACAACUUUAAAACUGUUGCUGCAUAACUCUAAAAUCUAUUUUUCUAUGCUUUUAUUAGUAAACAAAUUUGGCAUAUCUUUUUAUCGAAUUAUUAGCGCAUUAAAUAAACAAAUAACCAUCAGUGUACUGUUGAAUUUUUUCUUUAUUUUUAAACUACUCAAUUCGAUAAGACAUGUUGAUAUUAUUUACUAAUUGUGCCAUAGAAAAACAGAUUAUUGAUAAAAAACAACCAGAGAAGGCCUUGGGGUUAUAACAAAAUUUUUGACGGCGUACCAAAAAAAUGUCGCCCUUCCCUGUAAGGCCGGUACUGAACGUAACGUUUGCCAAGGAAAUUGAUCUCGAGUGCAGAUUUUGUGGAAUUGGCCAAUAGACUAUUAUGAAAUAGCUUUACGGUAAUAUACGAAAUGAAAUUUAGAAAAUAGAAACCUAUGUGUAAUAUAAUUAUUGUUCAAGUAUCGAAUGACUAAAACGUAGAAAAUAAAUGGGGCAUUAUGGUGUUCACAUCCGCCUAUAAAAUAUUUUUUAUAACUAAAAACCCGUAUCUGUGGUUCGAAAAAACUUGGGCUGUAUAAAAUAGCGGUAGAAGUAGACAAUAAUAGUUUACUGUCGUUUAUUUAUAAGCCUAGCAGAAGUCGGCAGCAAUGGUACGGCCAGUCUUAGAAAUUUCAUUGCAAUAUUUCUGUCAUCUACCAGAAGGCUUCGUAUUUAUACUGGCAUUCUUUGACUCUUAAAUUGUUUGGUUUCUGAUAAUUUUUUACCAAUUGAAAGAUCCCGCGAUUGAUCACGAUCUCACCUGAUGGAAAGUGAUGACGUGGUCUAAGAUUAGUCUAUUCACAUUUACUUUAAAUUGGUGCAAAUUAUAUUUGAAUGGAAAAAUGUAACAUAUAUAUAAUCAUAGAUGUAUUAGUUGUAAUAGCCUGCAAGGAGUACGUUUAGUAAUAUUUGGGUUAUUUCUUAAUUUGAGCAACUUCAAAAAGAGGAAUGUUUCUAAUUUCACGGUAUUUUUUUAUUGGUAUAAGUUUACUAAUUUUAAACCGUAUUUGAUUAUUCUGUUUGCAAUCGAUUGGGAUUGUUCUCGAGCGAUCUGCUUUUUGUGAGGAUUUUAAAGUUUUUUUUUGUGGAGUAAUAAAAUAAAAUACAGCACCCGGUAGUGAUCAGUGAUUUUGCAACAGAAAUUUCUGGAUAUUGUUUCAAAUCAUUAAUUAGGAUUUUUUUUUCUUAUAUUUCAUAUAAGUUAAUGGCAAGCUUCACAUUUAUAUUUAAUCAGAUAAUCUUAUAUGACACAAAUAUGAUCAACCCCACUUGAUAUAAUUAUGUUUAGAAAUAUUGGGUUACAUACAAUGCGAGACGAUAUUCCUUUAGCUACUUAUUAUAUUAAUUUGUAGCUCGUCAACUUCAUGGUGAGUACAUGGUGGUUAAGCCCAUACUUAUACAACUCCUAAAAUUGUCUUUCUAUUCAGAAGUGCUACGAACGAAGUUGAUGAGUUCUAGCCGACUCCUGCAUGGCACGUACCAUUUCGUAAUCUAAAACGUCAAGUAUGUUCAACAGAUGAAUAAAUGUAACUUAAUGAAGCGUUUAUUUGGCAAUUUAUUGCCAAAAUAUAUCUGUGCGAUAAAUGUAAACGCGGAGUAUUGUUUUUUUACGAAAAUAAAUACAUUUAAUUUGAUCAGUAACACACAUAUGUGUACAGUGACGUGAAUAUUAUAGAACAGACUCUGAGAUACUUUGUAUAAUAAAAUUUGCAAAAGC